UCGCCAGAGCCCCUUCUGCCAGCGUCGCCAGCGUUAAGCCCGCACGAGUGCGACACAUGAUCAGCGGCUUGCCAUUCUCGGCGCCUCACCCGGCUCAGGGCCUCCGGCUAGGGGAUCCGGAUCAGGCAUGGUGCCUCGAGCACAGCGUCGGCUCGCAGCAGCGGCUCUCCACCAUGGCGGCCCUCCUUCUACCGCCUCGAAAGGUGGAGUGCCCAUCUGAGGCGAUUGGAACUCCGGCCAGGGGCAGGUGCGUGCCUGCUUCAAUCCUGCUGCAGCUCGAGAGGGCGGGGCAGCGCAAGACACGCCGCGGGCCGAGCGACGCCGCCGCCGACGAGAUGCGCCUCCGCGUUAUAUCCUUCGCAGAGCGGUGCAUGCACGCGCCGUGGGACCCGAGCGACCCAUCCGAGGCGACGCUCGGCCAGGUCAUCGCAGCGGCAUCAUGUCGCAGCUACUUUCUGCGAGGGAAACAAGGGCCGUGGAAGGCGGACUUUGAGAGCUGGGCGCGCCGCCACCGCCACCGGCCCCAAGAGGGCUGUGACUGUGGCUGGCUGUGGGCGGCGGCCGCCUGCUACGGGCUCGCAAUCCACACGUACUCAGCGCCCUCUCGCGACCUGCUAGUGAAGCAUCACGUCUUUGAGGCGCCGGCGAGUGCGUGCCGCGCAGGGGCGGCCCUCCGCAGAGCCACGCUCGGCGUCCACCUCGGCUUCGUCGAAGGGGAUAAUUCAGGCGUGCACGCCGUCAGCAUGCCUUCGCUGCUCGGGCGUCGUGAGGUUUAUAAGUGAUGCAUCGCGCUGGUGUUGGUGGUGAGAGAGAUAGCGGGUUUCGAGACGUGCUGCAGUU